AUGGCCAAACGUAGGGUUGAGUCAGAAUUUGCAGUAGUGGGAACUUGGGAGGAGACCAACAUAACUCUGACCGUUCUAGAGCACUAUAUACCCCGUUAUUUCGCUAGAGCCCAAAUGAUCUUCCACAUGUACCAAAAGUCCCUACAGAACCGCAAUCGCAAUAAUCGAAAACCGCAUGUGGACGCAGAUGUCAGGGCCAUGGUCAGACGUAAUUUUACCCACGAAUAUGACUUUUACUACUUCUGCAAACAGCGUCUUUAUACGCAGUACAUAGCCCUUAAACGAAAGGAACUGGAGGGACUUAUUCACCCCUAAUCGUAUAAGACUGACCUCUCUUUAGUUGUUUCGAUGUAGUUCAUUCUGUAGCUCGUUAAUAAAGUACUCAUUAGUAA